ACUUCUCUCCUGUGAGAGUCCUCCCUCUCUAUGAAGUAGUGUUGCAAUUGUAUGGCAAAGCUCUCGAAUUUGUGCUUACCGAAAAAUCCUUGAAAAUCACAUUCCUUUCCAUUCCAGGAGAUAUAAAAUCACACAAAAGUAGGAAAAAAAGAAGUUUAUACUCCAUAUAUAUAUAUAUAUACAAUACCCAAUAAAGGACCACUCUUCUACGGUUCUCUUUCUGAACUCAUUGCGACUGGAGGAAGCCAUCAUAGUUCCAAUGGCUCAUGAUACUUCUAGUGCUGAAUCAACUCGUCGAAAGCCUUGUCUCUUGAAAGAUCAAGUUCGAUUAGUCAAGAAAAAGGAUUCUGAACGUCAUGGCAUUGUCCCUAUCCAGGAUUCCCUGUCAUUUGAGAAGGGAUUCUUUAUUGUAAUCCGUGCAUGCCAAUUGUUAGCCCAGAAGAAUGAUGGACUAAUAUUGGUAGGAUUAGCUGGGCCCUCAGGAGCUGGGAAGACUGUACUUACUGAAAAGGUACUCAACUUUAUGCCAAGCAUUGCUGUCAUUUCAAUGGACAACUACAAUGAUUCCAGUCGAAUUAUUGACGGCAAUUUUGAUGAUCCACGCUUGACGGACUAUGAAACUUUACUCAGGAAUAUCCAUGAUUUAAAGGCAGGAAAGCAGGCUGAGGUUCCGAUAUAUGAUUUCAAGUCUAGUUCUCGCACAGGAUACAGGACACUUGAAGUCCCAAGCUCCCGAAUUAUGAUUAUUGAGGGCAUCUAUGCUUUGAGUGAAAAGUUGCAGCCUUUACUGGAUCUUCGUGUAUCUGUUACCGGUGGAGUUCACUUUGACCUUGUUAAACGGGUUAUACGGGACGUACAACGUGCUGGGCAAGAACCAGAAGAAAUAAUCCACCAGAUAUCUGAAACGGUAUAUCCAAUGUACAAGGCUUUUAUUGAGCCGGAUCUCCAAACGGCAGAUAUUAAAAUCGUCAACAAGUUCAACCCAUUCACUGGAUUUCAGUGUCCUACUUAUAUUUUAAAGUCAUCGAGAGACGUGACCGUGGAUCAAAUCAGGGCCGUAAUGCCUGAAGGACUGAAAGAAGCUAUGGAACAGACUUAUGAUAUAUAUCUUCUUCCACCUGGUGAAGAUCCAGAAUCAUGCCAAUCAUAUCUAAGGAUGAGGAAUAAAGAUGGAAAAUACAAUCUCAUGUUCGAGGAAUGGGUUACAGAUACUCCAUUUGUUAUAUCACCAAGAAUAACUUUUGAAGUUAGUGUCAGGCUUCUUGGUGGGCUGAUGGCUUUGGGAUACACGAUAGCAGCUAUUCUGAAAAGAAGCAGCCAUGUAUUCUGUGAUGAAAGGGUUUGUGUGAAAAUUGAUUGGCUAGAACAACUGAACCGUCAUUAUAUUCAGGUGCAAGGAAGAGAUCGUCUAGUUGUGAAAUAUGUUGCCGAGCAGCUGGGAUUGGAAGGUUCAUAUGUUCCUCGGACUUACAUAGAACAGAUACAGCUGGAAAAGCUUGUAAAUGAGGUUAUGGCAUUGCCAGAUGAUUUAAAAACAAAGCUCAGCAUAGAUGAGGAUCUGGUGUCAAGCCCUAAAGAAGCACUUUCUCGAGCCUCUGCAGACAGGGUGGCCAUGCGAAUUAAGCAUCUCAAGAGGGGCAUUUCCCAUUCGUAUUCAACACAAAGAGACAAAAAUUUUCCCAGGCUAAGUGGAUAUGACAGGACUGCAGAAUCGCCAGCAACAUUAGCAAACCCGGGAGCCAUCACACAGCUCUCAGAACAAAUUUCCACGCUAAAUGAUCGGAUGGAUGAAUUCACAUCUUGUAUUGAAGCGCUGAAUACCAAGAUAACUAACAAGAGUGUUUCUAGCAGCCAACUAAACAUGGGUUUGCAGCCUGAAGCCUGCAAUGGAUCUGCUCCCGCUUCUUACUUCAUCUCUGGUUCAGGCAAUGGCUACCUGCCUGGAUCCAUAAUGCGUAAUUCAUCAUCUUCCUCUCAGUUAGCAAAGGAGUCUUCCUUGAUGGAAGAGAUAUCAGGUAUUGCACGGGGGCAACGUCAAAUCGUGCAUCAGUUAGACAAUCUUAGCAACCUUCUCCACGAGAAGCUGGGAGAGAAGUCUGGUCGUGUAAAAUCAGAAAAGAAAAGCAUAAUGGCAGAUGUUGAACCCAUUAGAGUUUCUCUGAUUUUAACGUUGGCUAUUGGGGGUUUUGGAGCCAUCUUGUUUAAGGGUUUUCUACCCCGAAAUUGAUUCUCUACCAAAUAAUUCACAUUUAGAUCUUCACAUCUUCUUUUCUUUAUUUCUUUUUAGUUUUUUCUGAUUGGGUCCCACCGAGCAUCUUGCAAUACUACCUUCUGAUCGUGAAGACAUACUGUUGAUUGACCAUAUGAUCUGUGGUCGGAGAUAAUGGAGGCAAAUAUUCACCUUCAAGCUUCUCUUAAGAGUUGUUUUUUUUUUUUUUAGAAGGGCAUGCUUAAGCAAAUUUUUGUAACUUUGUGGGAUUCCUUGUUCCCGGUGGAAAUGUUUCAACACGACGCUUUCAAGAGUAUAA